GGGUGGCACCGCCCCUCUGGAGGCCCUGGCCACUCUCUCCGUUCGGGCCCCUCCCACGCGAGCCUGCGCGUUAGGUAGCGCAGUCGGAAGCUGGGAGCGGGCACAGCCGAGGGCCCUCUACACCGCCGACCUGGCUUUAGCGCGCAGCUGGAGCUGGGGUGGUCGGGUUGCGGAUGGAGGCGGCAGCCGAGCCUGGGGCCCGGAUUUGGCCCGGCAGCGGUUCCCCACGUCUCGGCAGCCCUGCCGGCAGCCCUGUACUGGGCAUCUCAGGCCGCGCACGCCCGGGGUCAGGGCCAGAGAGGACCGGCAGAGCUAUUGGCCCUGCAGCGCCCGGCCACAGCUUCCGCAAGGUGACACUCACCAAGCCCACCUUUUGCCAUCUCUGCUCGGACUUCAUCUGGGGGCUAGCCGGUUUCCUGUGCGAUGUAUGCAACUUCAUGUCCCACGAGAAGUGCCUGAAGCAGGUGAAGACCCCGUGCACAAGCAUUGCUCCAAGUCUAGUCCGGGUCCCUGUAGCCCACUGCUUUGGCUCCCUUGGGCUCUACAAGCGCAAGUUCUGUGUGGUCUGCCGCAAGAGCCUGGAGGUUCCUGCGCUCCGCUGUGAAGUGUGUGAGCUGCACGUUCACCCCGACUGUGUGCCCUUCGCCUGCAGCGACUGUCGUCAGUGCCACCAGGAUGGACAGCAGGAUUAUGACACAUAUCACCACCACUGGCGGGAGGGGAACCUGCCUUCUGGCGCACGGUGUGAGGUCUGUAGGAAGACGUGUGGUUCCUCAGAUGUGCUGGCUGGUGUACGCUGCGAGUGGUGUGGUGUGCAGGCCCACUCAGUGUGCUCCGCAGCACUCACUCCCGAGUGUACGUUUGGGCGUCUACGCUCCAUGGUACUGCCUCCCUCGUGUGUGCGCCUGUUGUCCCGAAACUUCAGCAAGAUGCACUGCUUCCGUAUCCCCGAGGCCAUGACCCUGGAGCUUGGUGAUGGGGAUGAUGGCCUGGAUGGAAGUGCUGCCACGGGUGUGGGCAGAGAGAUGCCGACAGCUACAGAAUCCACCAAACAGACCCUCAAGAUCUUUGAUGGCAACGACUCCGUGAGGAGAAAUCAGUUUCGCCUGGUUACAGUUUCCCGCCUGGCUCAGAAUGAGGAGGUGAUGGAGGCAGCACUUCGGGCUUUCUAUAUCAACGAGGACCCUAGGGACUUUCAGCUGCAGGCACUGCCCCUAACCACACUCUCCAGCAAUGCCCAGGCCCUGGGGAAGGCUGGGACCACUGAGGAAGAGGCUAGCAAAGGCCCUGGGCCCCGAGAUUCCAUGCCUGAGGCCUGGGUCAUCAGGUCUCUGCCUCGUGCCCAGGAGAUCCUGAAGAUCUACCCUGCCUGGCUCAGGGUGGGUGUGGCCUACGUGUCGAUCCGUGUGAACUCACAGAGUACAGCACGGUCUGUGGUUCAGGAGGUUCUCCCACUGCUUGGACGGCAGGUUGAGGAUCAGGAGAAAUUCCAGUUGACUGAGGUGCUCAUGAGCAGCAGACAAGUCCAGAGGACAGUGCUGAUGGAUGAGGAACCUCUGCUAGACCGACUCUGGGACAUCCGACAGACAUCUGUGCGCCAGGUGAGCCAGACGCGGUUCUACGUGGCCGAGAGCAGGGCCAUGACCCCACAUGUCUCCCUGUUCGUGGGUGGCCUGCCACCUGGCUUGUCCCCCCAGGAUUACAGCAACCUGCUGCAUGAGGCCAUGGCCACCAAAGCUGCUGUGGUGUCUGUGAGUCACGUCUACUCCUUACAAGGUGCGGUAAUUCUGGAUGUCACCUGCUUCGCGGAGGCUGAGCGGCUAUACAUGCUGGCCAGAGACACAGCAGUGCAUGGCCGGCCCCUGACUGCACUAGUGCUUCCAGACGUGCUGCACACGAAGUUGCCUCCUGACUGCUGCCCCCUCCUCGUGUUUGUGAACCCAAAGAGCGGGGGCCUCAAAGGCCGAGAGCUGCUCUACAGUUUCCGGAAGCUACUGAAUCCACACCAGGUCUUUGAGCUGACCAACGGGGGACCUCUUCCUGGGUUCCACCUUUUCUCUCAGGUGCCCUGUUUUCGGGUACUGGUGUGUGGUGGAGAUGGCACCGUGGGCUGGGUGCUCGCUGCCCUGGAGGAGACAAGGCGCCAUCUGGCCUGCCCAGAGCCAUCUGUGGCCAUCCUGCCCCUGGGUACAGGGAAUGACCUUGGCCGGGUCCUCCGUUGGGGGGCAGGCUAUAGUGGUGAGGACCCAUUCUCUGUGCUGGUGUCUGUGGAUGAGGCUGAUGCUGUGCUCAUGGAUCGCUGGACAAUCCUGCUGGAUGCUCAUGAGACUGAUAGUACAGAGAACAGUGUGGUAGACACGGAGCCACCCAAGAUUGUUCAGAUGAGUAACUACUGUGGCAUUGGUAUCGAUGCGGAGCUCAGCCUAGAUUUCCACCAGGCACGUGAGGAGGAGCCUGGCAAAUUCACAAGCAGGUUCCACAACAAGGGUGUAUAUGUGCGGGUCGGGCUGCAGAAGAUCAGCCACUCUCGAAGUCUACACAAGGAGAUCAGGCUGCAGGUGGAACAGCAGGAGGUGGAGCUACCCAGCAUUGAGGGUCUCAUCUUUAUCAACAUCCCCAGCUGGGGCUCAGGGGCUGACCUCUGGGGCUCUGACAACGACUCAAGGUUUGAGAAGCCACGCAUAGACGACGGGCUGUUGGAGGUGGUGGGUGUGACAGGUGUCGUGCACAUGGGCCAAGUCCAGGGUGGGCUGCGCUCUGGAAUCCGCAUUGCCCAGGGCUCCUACUUCCGUGUUACACUCCUAAAGGCUACUCCAGUACAAGUGGAUGGUGAGCCCUGGGUUCAGGCCCCAGGGCACAUGAUCAUCUCCGCUACUGCCCCUAAGGUCCACAUGCUGAGGAAGGCCAAGCAGAAGCCCAGGAAGGCUGGCAACAUCAGAGAAACCCGAGUGGACACCUUGCCUGCUCCUGAGAGCAAUCCUUAAUAGAGGAGCCAAGAUGAAGGGUCUCAACUACCCAGCCUUUCUCGUCUUUGGUUCUGUUCCAAGUCACACAUUGGCUGGCCAACAGAUGGACUUAGCUAUGCCACUGACCAUAACAUCUUCAUGGGUCUUGGGAUGUUACCAUACCUCAUCCUUAUCCAAUGUCAUGUGCAAACCUAGGAGUGGGUAGGUAUUGGCCACUGCCACAGUACUGGUCUAUAUGGCAUGGGCAUGAAGCUCUGGCUAGUCUGUCUUCUGUACACGACUGGUCCUUAUAUAAAACCUCUCUUAGAGCCUGUUGAGCCCAACACCUCUGGAUGCGGGUCAUCCAGGUGGGUCCUCUGAUCUUAUUUUGUGUUCUUUCAAAGCAGCUAGUAGCCCUGUCUAGGCCCUGGCCUAGUAGAUACAGAAUGCUGCUUGUUCCUCUUGCACCCACUGGGUGGGUGUGGUAUCCUCAAGUCCUCUUGGCUCAUCCAGCUGGUGGCCCUGAGCUGAAAAGCUAUACCUAGGAAGGGGAGGCUAGUCAAGUUCAGGUGUCACCCAUGUGUCAGAGCUGGAGUGUGUGCCAGGGCCUGAGUGUCUUUCCUCGGCCCUCAAGUGGGCACCUAGUGCCAAGAAGGGAUCAGAACAGAGCCAGGUGGAACCUGGUUGAGGAAUGUGUAAAUAACAUCUGUUGUUGUGGAGUGGCUAAAGCUCCCUUAGACUCAACGUAUAGCACUUUAUAUACAUGCUGUUUGCCAGCCUGCAGCCCUUCCUUGUAGAUGCAGAGCUGCUACUCUGGCUCCUACAAACCAAAGUAGCUCUGAUGGCCAGACCUUGCUGGGGGCAUCAGGCUCACAGAAUGAGACAAAGCUGUCUCUUCCAUGCACCCAAGAAUUCAAUUGUCACACCUCAGACCCCAGAGGAGUGUACCCCAGAAUGAGCUGUCUAGCUAAGCCUGGUGGUAUAUGUCUGUAAUUCAUUUCUUGGGGACUAAAGCAAGAGAAUAGCAUGCUCAAGAACUGACUGGGCUGUAGAAUUAAAACCCCUCCCAAAAAGUGAAAAGAUGGGGGAAACAGGGGCCUAAAAGAUGUCAGUGGGCCAGCCCCAGCCCUAGAUGGGGAAGGACCUACGUGGGAAGUAGCCUGUGAUGCUUACCCCCAUAGACAAGUAAAUAGGUCUAGAUCCUGGGCUUGUGCCACUCUCAGAAGUGGCUAUGGUAUGGACCAGGGGAUAUUCCUGGCUGGCAGCUUCAUAGGCCCACUGUGCCAUACCCUCAUCUGCUUUUGCCAAAAGUGCAUACAAGUGCAUCAGAUAGCCAUUUGUGUUCUCAGUAUAGAUGUUCCUCAUGUUUACAUCAUUUUCCACGUUCGAAAGAAAUUGUGAUGUAGUUUUUCACUUUUAUUUCAAUCUAUAGGAAUUGUUUGUAAAUUAAGAUCAGUGUAGCAUGUCCUCUGUAUUAGGUGAGACUGUCACUUUGUGGAGUGUGUUCUGUCUCUGUGUGUAAUUUAUCACUACCUGAAUGUGAUCUAACUUAUAUCUGGGCCAAAUACAUUGUGGGCUUUGCUGUCCUGUA